AUCUUACGAGUUACGUGUUUUCGAAACUUUAAUUGAGACACGCUGUCGAAGCACGAACAAUAUCCGACGCUUUUACUUCUCUGGCCGGUGGCAUUACAAAAUCGGCCCUCCGACCGACCGGGAUCGUCAUUCACGUGCCACGAAGACGACAAAGAAGCUGAUAUCCCGUCAACACGAUAUUUGUACGAUACUCAACACGAACACACCAUCAUAUCACGACUACAUAUAAUCAGUAUUGCGGAUAAAAUGCAGUCCCCCAUAGGGAUCGUAUCCAUGUGUAUGCUGUUAGUGGUGACUCGAUCCAUUUCGGGACAUGCGAUCGACAGUCAUGAUCACGUGGAGGAUGAAGGGGCCGACCAAAAACCGGCGGAACAGAGGGAAUUGGACAUGGAGUCGAUAUUCGCGGGUUUCGCCAAGUCGAUGAUCGGCCGGACCGGAGCGUCAAGUAGUCAAAACCAGCACUGUAUAAAUCCGGGUGUAAAAAAGAGGUUCAACCAGGGUUUCUGCAAAAUGUCUUCUUUGACCACCCUGUCCGGCCCCUGUGAAUUUUUCAAGAUGGGCCUUGGAUUAUGCGAUCUGCCCGACAUUUUGUUGCUCAGUUUGAACCUAUCGAACAUCGUACUGAUGCUGGUACUUAAAGGACUGAUAUGGGGUGCGUCGUACAUGCAAGGCGUCGGCGGCGGAAAGGGCAGGAAGGAAGGGUUGGCUGAAGGAGCACCGCUGUCGCAGAGCCUGUUCACCGAGACGGACAUGCUGCUGUUCCUCGGGUACAUGGUGGCGGACGAGUCAGGCCACUAUGACUGUUUGAACCGCGUAGCUUGCGAACAACCGGCCCGGUCAGAGAGCUACCUAAGAAGCGCCGAAAUGGUCUGGAAGACGGCGAAGUUGUUGGACGGUGUGAUCCCGUUAGACUCGAAAUACGAGAAAAUGUUGAUCGAAUUACAAGAAGCCAUUGAAGAUGGACGAGCAAACGGUGAUUGUCAAGCAAAGUACAAAUGUUCAGAGCCGACCAACACUGAGGACAGUUUCAAUUUGAUUUAAAACUUACCGCUAAGCAAAGUAUUAAUAUAAACUAUUCGUUGAAUAUUGAAGUCUGACCAACCAUCUGUAAUAAUCCCUGAUUAUUGUAUUGUAUACCAAUGUAAACGUGAAUACAUAGUUUAGCAAUACAAAUUAUAAUGCUUACCUUAA